AUGGAAUACAAAUUUAUGAUAAUCAUUUUGGUUUUUUGUGCCAUUAUUAACUGUCAAAAUAUUUCAAUUGUUUUCGUUCCUCAACAGACUACCAUCACUGUUACUCUAACUUCUUUUGUGAAUCAGGCUUGUGUCACCCCCAGCGCUUCCAUUCUACAGAUAACCAGUAACAUUUCUUCUGGAAUUUUGCCUACUUUUGUUACGGGAGCGGCAGAAAGGAAGUUUAUAAGCCCUACUGGUGCUGCUGGUGCUGGUGCUAUUGCCGUCGUUGGUUUUCUAUUUCUUUGA